CACGUCCUCAGUCAGCAACCGUCCGCCUACGCUCGAGGAUACGCUGCUUUUUUACGCCUACUUUGCGCUGAUUCAGAUAGUCGAAGAUAUCCACCUGCCGAGUCGCAUACCAAGCAACAAAGGACACAUAAUACAAUGUCGACAGCAAUCGCAAACGGCCAGCAGCCGAGCCCGACUCUGGCGAAGCGGAAACACGAAGACGGGUCCGAGGAUCCUAACAAGCGACAGAAUAAUGGACCAAAUAACUCAAACGCGUCUGCUAGCAGCGGUGGUGAUAACGGCAACAGCAUUAACAACAACGACGUGCCUCUGGACCCGAUGAUCAACGUCGCGCGUUCGAUCUCGGCCAGUAACCAGGGCGUCGUCGCCAUGCCGACGUCGACCUCCGCGUCGACAGUCCAGGCGCAGCCUCACAUGCCGCGCCAGCAGCACACCGAGCACUCUGCACUGCAGCAAAUGUCUGUGCAUAUGUCGGCCGCUGCUGCUGCUGCCGCUGCUGCUGCGCACGACUCCAUCGACAGCAUGGGCCAGCCUCCGUCGUCGACCUCUGGCUCGUCGUCGGCCGCCAAGCCGCCGGUUGGUAGCGAGGAGUGGCAGCGACAGCGACGCGACAACCACAAGGAAGUCGAGCGUCGACGCCGUGAGACCAUCAACGAGGGAAUCACGGAGCUUGCCAAGCUUGUGCCCAACUGCGAGAAAAACAAGGGCUCGAUCCUUCAGCGGGCGUGCCAGUAUAUCAUACAGCUGAAGGAGAGCGAGGCUGCGAAUAUAGAGAAGUGGACGCUCGAGAAGUUGCUGACCGAGCAGGCCAUUGCUGAGCUGUCGGCCUCGAACGAGAAACUCAAGGCAGAGGUCGACCGGGCAUGGAGAGAGGCCGAUGUUUGGAAGAAGACCUGCGCAAGCGCUGGUAUCAAGCAAAAGGUUGAUGAGAACUAAUCUGAGAGAGUUCUAUUGAAGCUCUUGUGUAUUUUUACAUUCCCUUGUUGUAUUAAUGUUGUUUUGUUGGCAAGUUUCGAGCGAGUUGUGAUUGUGUGGAAUUGCGGACUGGAGUUUGAGAUGUGCUUUCUAUCUGCUUAAUAUUAUCUGUGUUUCUUGUUCUGAAUUGUUUUAUUAUUGGUACUAGUUAGAAAUACCAACAAUGUAUAGUACUAAACCCCGAAUCAGCUCGAUAAUCAUAAAAGAUAGGUUUGAAAGAAUACAUUGUUGAAAAGAAUUGGUUGUUGUGAG